UCGUUCCGAGCCCGUGCCGCCCGCGUGCCGGCACGGCCCAUGCCCAUGUUUAGUGGAAACACCCUUGGUCACGUGGGUCCCGUGACCUAGCUAAAAAAAAAAAUAAAAAAAAUUGAAAAAACAAAAAAGCUGAACGAAGGAAUUGAAAGGGGAAAAAUCAAAACAUUGACAUAAUACUCCGUAACAUACUCUUCUCGCUACACUGACACCACUGAUUCGCUGUCUCCUACCACCGCACCGCCCCGCCGGCCGCCGCAACUUCCACCCAUCUCCGUCCGCAUAGCUUCACUCCACUCCUACAACCUUCUUGUGUGCCCUUAGACUCUUCUAUCUUUUAACUACUGCAUUGAUGCUGAUCUACUCAAACCCAAAGAAAAGGCCAAGACCUGAUUGGCAAAAGGCCAUUGCCAUUGAGGAAGCAUGUAAGAAGAAAUGUAGUUGUUGAGGUUGAUGGGGAGAGUCCGAGUGACAAUCAUCUCAUUAGAAGAAGUUGGGAUGACAUGGACCAUGAAAUAUUGGUUAGCAUUAUGAAGCGAUUGGGUCUGAAUAUGCUUCUCCUGUCAACUUGCUUAGUGUCCAAGUCCUGGCUCAAUGCCACCCUCGAUGCACUCUUCCCACCAUGCCAUGCCUUCGAUUUGCGCGAUUGCUCUGUGUUCAGCACUACAUCUCAUUGCCAAUAUCGGAAGCGCAACAGGUUGUGGAAGAUGAUUGAGCUUCAUCUCAAUCGCAACCUACCCACACAACAUUAUUAUACAAGUCUUGUACUCCGCCACAGGAACUUAACUAUAUAUGCCUAUCGUUUCAUUGCUCAAAGGUUGCCUUCAAUUACGAGCCUGACUAUCUGCAACAUUGGUUUGCCUAAGCUACUUAAAUUUCGGGAUUUUGCAUCAUGUUGGAAAGGUUUGGUAGAAGUGGAUUGUGAUGCAUCAUGCGUUCGAGGCAUCGGUUUGCUCUGGAAUCAAAUUCAUAAAUUAAAGUUGUAUGGUGAUAUAAAGGUGCAUGAAGCAAUUUCUAUUGCAAAUGAUUUUCCUUGUCUCACACAUUUGUCACUCAAGUAUUGUAAAUUAAGUGACGAUGGUCUAUCACUAAUAUUGGAAGGCCAAAAGAAUCUCACUUACCUUAAUAUGACUCAUGCACGUGUUGGUGGCAAGAGGAAUGCCAAGGAUUGGGAUAAAGACCUUCUAUUGUUGGCAAGCAAGAUCCCACAAUUCUUGAGAUGUGAAAUGGGAAAUUGUUGCUCUUGUUUUCCCUGUUAUCGUCCUUCUUGAAGCGUGAUGCAGUUGAUAUUGCUUGGAAAUUUUAGCAAACUCAGGAUUGAAUUAGGUUUCUUCCAUUGUGAUUAUGUCAUCAGUUUGCUGUUUACUACUAUGAAUUUAAUCUUAAUUGGAUGUCGUUUGAAAUAAAACUAGAUUAAUGCC